UCUUCAAUCUUCACCAUUAUAUAUACACCCUUCUUCAUCCUCUCGCAACCUUAAUUUCUCCCUUUUCUUCUCUAUUAUUCCUCCCCUUCUCGAUCCCAAAGACAAUCCUUUAAUUGCAUUCAAAGCUACUAACUAACUUGUGAGGUGUUUGAAGUUUUCGCAAUUAUAAUUUUGGUAUUGGGUUUAUGUACACCUACAUGAUUAAUAACCAAGAACAAGGAUGAGUUGCAACGGGUGUAGAGUACUUCGAAAGGGAUGCAGUGAGAACUGUAUUUUACGUCCGUGUUUACAGUGGAUUGAAAGCCCUGAAGCUCAAGGCCAUGCUACUGUUUUCGUUGCCAAGUUUUUUGGCCGUGCUGGUCUUAUGUCCUUCAUUUCUGCUGUCCCUGAAAACCAACGUCCUUCUUUGUUUCAAUCUUUGUUAUUCGAGGCUUGUGGUAGAACGGUGAAUCCAGUAAACGGUGCUGCGGGCCUUUUAUGGACUGGAAAUUGGCACGUCUGCCAAGCUGCAGUGGAAACAGUCCUGCGAGGAGGUACUUUACAGCCGAUGCCUGAGUUACUUACUGGCGGCGGAGGAUCUCCAUCUCCUUCAUCAGACGAAGCAUCGGAGGUUGAAGUAGCCUGUACGGACAUAUGGAAGCUACAGGAUCCGAAUCCAAAUCACCAUCCUAGAUUCUCGAUUUCGAGAUCUAGACUCUCCCCGAAAAGAAAAAGAACUAAAGAGCCGGUUGCAGUGAAGGUGCAGCAUAACGAUCUUGAUCUUGGGUUAACCCCAAGCUUUUCCCUAAAAGGGUUUCCUUAUAAGCAGGAAAUCCGUCGCCCGGGAACCCCUUCAAUGAAUUCGGCGGAGUCGGUGACUACAAAUACAGCUUGCUUUGAUAGUGCUGGAUUGGGAGAUGAAGGGGGAGAAACAAAGUUAUUGAACUUGUUUCUUUAGAUUUGUAGAGAGAGGGGGCGGGGUUGGGUGGGUAAGGUCUCUGUUCUGUUUAAUCUUGUGAAUCAUAAGUUCACUUGAUGGGAGAAGAGAACAGAAGAGAAGAUAUAAUUUGGUGUAAUCCCUACUUCUUCCUCUUCUGGGUUAGUUUUGAUGAAGGUUCCCUUUUUAUUUUCUUUUCCACGGAAUUGGAUUCCUGAGAGAUUUUGUAAAUUAUCGGCUGAGGAUUUUCUCUCUGUGAUUCAAGAGAAAAAAAUGAAUUUGCCGGUGAUCUGUUUUCUUUCUUUCUUUUGUGUCUACCAAUCAAUGACUGUACUGUGACUAUGAAUAAAACCAAUUUAGUAUUUUGUUUUUC